CUUCUGUGUCCUGUCUCUUUAUUUCUCGGAUCCUGCACCUCAGCACAGCGUAAGGCUCACCCCACGACCCUGUGGGUCCCUCAGCCCUACACCUGGGGAGGGCAGCUCCCUCCCCACCUGCUCCCCAAUUCAUCAGCCAGGAAUGUACCAUCCACCCCACCCCAGGGAGGAGGACAGAGGACUUUCCUUUGGGUGCAUUGAAUGGUUCAGAGAUUCUGCCACUCUGGGGUCCUCAACUAAACCACUCAUUGUUUCAAGUAGACCCUGAUGGGUAAAUGUUCCCCAUUGUAACCAGACUUGGAUUCUGCUGCUUGAAAGCCAAAUACAAAAGUAGAGGUUUGGUGGGAGGAAAAGUAGUUUUAACCAGAGCCAGCAAACUGAGAAGAUGUUGAAUUGUUGUUUUAAAGCAUUCUAUUAUCUCAGGUUUUAAAAUGUAUCAUCGGAUUCUCAAAGGAAAACUUGGAAUGGGAGAUACAUGGGAGCAGUGCAGGGUACAGGGUCUGUGUGUCUUGUUCCCAUGGUUGUCUUGAGUAAUCACCUGUCCUGAUGUUAUCUUGACUUCGGCCAGGUGGUGGUGGACGAAUUGUUCUGACUCCCCCUAAGUUGGAGGAUUCUGCAGGAGUUCUGUGUCUGGUUUUUGUUUCGAGAUUAGCCCCUGGAAUUCCCAAGUAAGCAUAUAGUUAGAUAAGCAGGCGCAGUGCAAAGGAGUGUCUAGUGGGAAAGGGAGAGAAGCAGAGUUUCAAAGCACAUUUCAAGGCUACAUUUUAAGACUAAAGAAAAAGGCUUUGAAACGCAUUUUAAAGCUGAGAUGCUCGGCUCCACUAGGCUCUGGCCAAUGUGCAGUGCGGCUGCCCUUGGAUCAGGUGACAUUUCAACCAACUGGAGACUCUGCUCCUCAGAACAGGAGUGCAGGAGACCCUGAGACACUGCCCUAGGACCUGAACAGGUGGCAAAGGCUUAACAGACUAGCAGUCACUGCAGCGACAAGGUGAUUGAGUGGUCACCAUGGUGAUGGGGAUGGAGGCUCUUUGCCAUCAGUCCCAGUUUUAUGCAUGGCAGCUCUAAUGACAGGAUGGUCAGCCCUGCUGAGGUCACUCCUGGUCACCAUGACAACCACAGGCCCUCUCAGGAGCACAGAAGCCCUGGCAGGAGUAUCCCCCACUCCACACUUGGUUGGAGCAAGAAGUGCCAAGUGGCGCCUGAGCCCCGGGGAAGCAGGCUAGGUGUGAGACACAGUCACCUGCAGCCUAAUUACUCAAAAGCUGUCCUCAGGCCGCAGGAGGGAGAGGACCUUUCCUACGGAGCCUGUCUGAAAGACACUAAGCCCCACAGCUCAGCACAACUGGGAAAGAAGGCACUGAGAACGCCACCCAAGCGCCAAGCAAUGGCCCUGCCUGGAGAACACCCGGGUGCAGUGAGGAAGGGUCUGGAAGGGAACGCUUGCCAACUCUCUGGAGAACAAUGAAAAGGAGGAAACUGACUGAACCUCAAACCCCAAACCAGUCUGAGCAGGAUCAUAUUCUCCCGGGGACCUAGGGCGGGCUGUGACCCCUGCGGGGGAGAAGCCUUGGACAUUUUCACUUCAGAAGCCUGUUGGGGAAGGCUGAGGGGUCCCAGCUCCCCACGCUGGCUGCUGUGCAGAUGCUGGAUGACAGAGUCAGGAUGGAGGCCGCCAAGAAGGAGAAGGUGGAGCAGAUCCUGGCAGAGUUCCAGCUGCAGGAGGAGGACCUGAAAAAGGUGAUGAGGCGGAUGCAGAAGGAGAUGGACCGUGGCCUGAGGCUGGAGACCCACGAGGAGGCCAGUGUGAAGAUGCUGCCCACCUAUGUGCGCUCCACCCCAGAGGGCUCAGAAGUCGGGGACUUCCUCUCUCUGGACCUGGGUGGCACCAACUUCAGGGUAAUGCUGGUAAAGGUGGGAGAAGGUGAGGAGGGGCAGUGGAGCGUGAAGACCAAACACCAGAUGUACUCUAUCCCCGAGGACGCCAUGACCGGCACUGCUGAGAUGCUCUUUGACUACAUCUCUGAGUGCAUCUCUGACUUCCUGGAUAAGCAUCAGAUGAAGCACAAGAAGCUGCCCCUGGGCUUCACCUUCUCUUUUCCCGUGAGGCAUGAAGACAUUGACAAGGGCAUCCUUCUCAACUGGACCAAGGGCUUCAAGGCCUCAGGAGCAGAAGGGAACAACGUCGUGGGGCUUCUGCGAGACGCUAUCAAACGGAGAGGGGACUUCGAAAUGGACGUGGUGGCGAUGGUGAACGACACGGUGGCCACAAUGAUCUCCUGCUACUACGAAGACCAUCAGUGUGAGGUCGGCAUGAUCGUGGGAACAGGCUGCAAUGCCUGCUACAUGGAGGAGAUGCAGAAUGUGGAGCUGGUGGAGGGGGACGAGGGCCGCAUGUGCGUCAACACCGAGUGGGGUGCCUUCGGGGACUCCGGCGAGCUGGACGAGUUCCUGCUGGAGUAUGAUCGCCUGGUGGACGAGAGCUCUGCAAACCCCGGUCAGCAGCUGUAUGAGAAGCUCAUAGGCGGCAAGUACAUGGGCGAGCUGGUGCGGCUCGUGAUGCUCAGGCUUGUGGACGAAAACCUGCUCUUCCACGGGGAGGCCUCCGAGCAGCUGCGCACACGCGGAGCCUUCGAGACGCGCUUCGUAUCGCAGGUGGAGAGCGACACGGGCGACCGCAAGCAGAUCUACAACAUCCUGAGCACGCUGGGGCUGCGACCCUCGACCACCGACUGUGACAUCGUGCGCCGAGCCUGUGAGAGCGUGUCUACGCGCGCUGCUCACAUGUGCUCGGCCGGGCUGGCGGGCGUCAUCAAUCGCAUGCGGGAGAGCCGCAGCGAGGACGUGAUGCGCAUCACCGUGGGCGUGGACGGCUCCGUGUACAAGCUGCACCCCAGCUUCAAGGAGCGGUUCCAUGCCAGCGUGCGCCGGCUGACGCCCAGCUGCGAGAUCACCUUCAUCGAGUCGGAGGAGGGCAGUGGCCGGGGCGCGGCCCUGGUCUCGGCGGUGGCCUGUAAGAAGGCCUCUAUGCUGGGCCAGUGAGAGCGGAGGCAAGCACAGGGAGGAUGCCACAGUCGACGGCACCCGGGAUCUACGGGGGAAGUGCUCCCCACACGUGCUCCCAGCCUGAUGGGGCAGGAGGCCUGGCCUUGUAAAGACCCUGGCAGUCUGCCAUCCCGCUAGGGAACCCUCAGUCAUUCGGUGGGACAGCCCCAGAGCCCUAACAGGGGUGCAGCAGGAGCGAGGACAGAGACUCUGGAAGCCCCCCACGUUUCUCUCUGGAAUCAACUUCCCAGAAGGGAGUUGCUCAUUCAGGACUUUGUUUCAUUUCCACACUGUCAGAGCCGUUGCCUCGCCUGGGCCGGGGCUCUGAGAAGGGAGUGCCCUCUGGACCCUGCUAUGGCCUGACUUCCCUGAGAACUCAUCCUGUGCGGAGAGGCAGCUCCAACAGCUUGACCAGACCUAGACCUGGGCCAACAGGGCAGCCAGGGGCUGCUGAUCACACAGUCCUGGCCGUUUUCUUGCCUGAGGCUCAAGAGGCCCAGGGUGCAAUGGGAGAGGGCUCCAUGGAGGACGCGUCCCAAGCUGCAAAUACCCCCAGAGACCUUUUCUCUCCCAUACCCCCAUCCCUGAGUGGCUUGUGGCUCUGGAAUGGACCCUCACAGUAGGUGCAAGAGACAGAGCCCCCAAGCCCCUGCCCCAAGGGGCCCAUGAAGGGAAGAAGGGCCAGCCCUGGAUCUUCCGCUCCCACAGCACUGGCUCAGGAAGAAAACCCAAGCAGCAUUCAGCACACCCCAAGGGACCACCCGGACCCCAUCAUAUGACAUGCCACCCUCUCCAUGCCGAACCUGAGACUGCGUGGGUUUUUUAAUUAAAAAUUUUAAAAGUUUUAAAACA